AUGGACGAGUUUAAAAACCAGGUUUUGAGAAUGGCCCAUACCCUUAGAUGUAAGGGAUGGAGGAGAGUUUCCCUGGACAGAUAUAAGGAAAUAAGUGUAGAGAGGAUCAGUGGGGCCUUGACUAAUGCUGUUUUCAUGGUCUCUCCACCCAGCGAACUUCCGCCUAUAGUGGCAGGUCAGGACCACCAGGGUAGUGUAGUCUCUUCUGCGUCGAUGAAGUUGCCAGCAAAACUUUUACUCCGAAUUUACGGCCCUCAAGCUUCGCAUCUCAUCGACCGUGAUAGUGAACUCUCAAUUCUUCGUCGCCUAGCCCGCAAACGCAUUGGCCCACGCCUCUUUGGAACUUUUGAAAAUGGUCGAUUUGAAGAGUUCUUUCCAUCACGCACACUCACUCGGGAAGAUAUAAGGAAUCCAGAAACUUCCAGACAUAUUGCAAAGAGGUUGAAGGAGCUACACGAAGGAAUUGAAUUGGAAGCAAAAGAAAUAGAGAGAGGCCCUAUUGUUUGGUCUAACUGGGACAAAUGGAUUCCAAGAGUCAGAGGAAUCAUGACAAAAAUUGAGGCCAGUGACAGGAAAGGGGGGCCGAUCGCUGGAACUGAGUGGGAGAAGUUCGAAACCGUUGUCCUGAAGUAUCGUCAAUGGCUCGAAGAACGUUAUGGAGGGCCGGAGGGUGUAAAGCGACAGUUGGUCUUUGCGCAUAAUGAUACACAAUAUGGUAACAUCCUGAGGUUGCAAGCGGGUGGGAAGAGUCCUCUUCUUCUUCCUAUGAAUGAGCAUAAGCAAUUGGUUGUCAUUGACUUUGAGUAUGCCAAUGCUAAUCCCCCAGGAUUUGAAUUUGCAAACCAUUUCUGCGAGUGGAUGUCAAACUAUCACGGCCCCGACCCACCUCACGUGAUAAAGGAAAAUGAUUACCCCAACCUUGAGCAACAGCGCAACUUCAUCCGUGCUUAUGUCGAACAUCAUCUUAUGGGGGCGUAUAGCACUAAAACACCGCCUGCUAGUAAUCCAGACCUCGUAAAUUUGGAUGUGCGGGGUGUUCCCUCGUUUAACUUGGAUGCUCGUACUCCCGCGAUGCCGUACAAAGAGGAAGAAGUAGCUCGCCAGCGCGUAGUAGAGAAGGAGGUCGAUAGACUUGUUGAGGAGACUUUAGUUUGGCGUUCUGCCGCUCAUGCAAUGUGGUGUGCCUGGGGUAUUAUACAAGCCAAACUAAACCCCACAGGGGCCGAGCAAGAACAUCUCAAGAAGAACAAUCCCGAUUACAAGGAGAGUACACUUUCUGAAGAAGCGAAGAACGCAGCCAAAGAUAUGGAAGAUAGGAGAAGUGAAGAUGAAGACGAGUUCGAUUAUCUUUACUAUUCCCAGCAAAGAGCUCUACUAUUCUGGGGGGACAUGCUGAAACUUGGCAUCGUCAAGCCUGAAGAGGUGGAUGGGUUUGUCCUCAAUAACUUGAAAAAAGUUGAGUAUUGA